AUGAGCCAGCACCAAUUUGGAGGGAGUAUACUCGAAGAUCCCUAUGCUCAUAUGGCUACAUUCACAAAGCAGUGCACCCCAUUGAAGAAACAGGGAAUCACUCUAGACACAGUAAGGUUGAUGUUGUUUCCCUUUUCCUUAAGGGAUUCUGCUGCAUCUUGGUUGAGGUCUCAACCUCCACACAGUAUUGUAUCAUGGGAUGACCUAGCCAAGAAAUUUACGUCAAAGUUUUUUCCAGCAACCCGCACGAGGAAGUUAAAGCAAGAGAUCAACUCCUUUCUCCAGAUGGAUCAAGAGAACUUAUAUGAGGCAUGGGAAUGGUUCAAUGAGCUUCUAAGGAAAUGCCCAAGCCAUAAUAUUUCUCUCACUGAUCAGGUAGUAAUUUUUUAUACCUCAUUGAAUGAUUAUACCAGAGACAAAUUAGAUACUGCAGCUCCAGGUGGAGCUUUUGAUGUUUUGCCCACCAGUGAAGCCUUAGAGAUAAUUAAUAAUCUAGCAACCAAAGCUAUGCAUUCCAACAACGACAGGCAGAACAGAAAAAGUGUUCAAGAAGUAGAGACAUAUGAUGCCGUUCUAGCCUCAAAUAAGAAGUUGUCUCAGAAAAUGGAUGUCAUAGUGAAGCGUUUGGAUGACUGCCAUGUGGGCAAUGAUGAUGCGAAAUUCGAUGAGGAGGUAAAAAUACUGACUAACCCCCAAAAUAAUCCAUAUUCCAAUACUUAUAAUGCAGGUUGGAGGAAUCACCCCAACUUCUCUUGGGGAGGGCAAAAUAAGUCGACUCAAUCAGGAGAUUCAAGACAAUAUUCCAACCAGCGGGGUCAAUAUCAGGAACAAAGGCAACCACCUCAACAAGAUGAAGGAGCUAAAAAGAGGAGCUUGGAAGACAUUGUGGGGGAAUUGGCUCAAACCAUCAAGAGUUUCAUCAAUGAAUCUCGCAAUAAUUUCAAGAACCAAGAGGCUUCAAUCAAAAAUCUGGAGAACCAGGUUGGUCAAAUCUCAAAACAACUCGUUGAAAGACCGCCAGAUCUCCCAUUCUCUGAAGUUUUAGAAAAGAUGCCUCAAUAUGCCAAGUUCAUGAAGGAGAUACUUUCUAAGAAAAGGAAGUUGAGUGAAGAGAAUGACAUCGUUGAGCUUACUGAGGAGUGUAGCGCUAUUCUGUAA